GAACCACGCUGAAGGUGUGCUUCGGUUCCUUCUUCCCCGGCUUCUGCUCGUCUCACUUUGAGGGUUAAAUAGCAUUAGAAGUUUGAGGGUUUAAACCAACGUUUAUUAUAUAGUUUUGUCUCGGAUUAGUCUGCAAGAUGUAUUGGAGUGGCCUCAGUGCUGCUGCAAAUGCUGCCGCAGCAUACCAGACAGGACAGACUGGGUAUCCUGUGGGUCAUACCCCGACAGGUACUUAUGCCACGCAACGAGCUGCUGGGUCAACUUAUGAUACUAGUUAUCAAACAGCUGCAGCUGCUGCAACUCAUUCAACAGCUGCAGCAACCUACCCAAGUGCAGCAGCAUCAACAACUUAUGACUAUGGGUAUGGGAGGACCACCCAAACAGCAGCAGCCGCUGCAGCUGCUGCCUAUGAUUCUUCAAAAACCUAUUAUGCGCAGCCUUCAUCAGCAACUGCUUACACUGCGGCUGAUACUCACUAUCAGAAAGAUGUGAUCCCAUACGCACUUUAUAAAGAUGAUACCCCUCCAGAGGUUUACCUCACAUUACAUGUUCUCUCGACAGACAAGGCUGCCUAUACCAAUGCAAGUGCGUAUACGACCACUUCGCGUCAGACUACCCCUGUCGUAACUCCAAAGACAAGUUAUGCAGGAGCAUAUCCUGGUGCUGCAGCAGCCACAGCAACUUACAAUACAUCUGCAUAUGCAGCACAAACUACAACAGGUAAUAAAGCUGCUACUUUGUAUGUUCCACAAGCUUCACAACCAGCUGCUGCAGCAGCGGCAGCUGUAAAAACAACUGCAAACACUUGGCAAACCUUCAAGAAGGCAGGCCCAGUGCAGGGGAAAACUCAAAAGCCCAAAGCUCCACCAAAACCACAACAGUUACAUUACUGUGAUGUGUGUAAGAUUAGCUGUGCAGGUCCUCAGACAUACAGGGAGCAUUUAGAAGGCCAGAAGCAUAAGAAAAAGGAAGCGGCAGCAAAAGCAGGACCUGCUCCCUCGAGGCAUGGGGCUUCUCUUCGUUGUGAGCUGUGCGAUGUUACCUGUACAGGGGCAGAUGCCUAUGCUGCUCAUAUCCGUGGUGCUAAGCAUCAAAAGGUAGUUAAGUUACACCAGAAGCUAGGAAAACCUAUUCCCUCAACGGAUCCUGUAAUAGUCGGUGGUACUACGAAGACAUCAACAGCGUCCUCAGGCUCCAGCACAGGAGCUAAGACAACUACAGCUGGAGGAGCUACUGCUAAUGCAGGUGUUCCUGCCACAGAUGGCAAAAAGGAAGACAUAAAGGAGGAGUUACUAGACUUGAAAGAAAAGGAUGUAGAACCUGUAGGGCAAGAGUACAUAGAAGAAAUUAAGAAUGAAGAAGGUAAAGUUGUGAGUUUUAACUGCAAGUUGUGCGAGUGUCGUUUUAAUGAUCCUAAUGCAAAGGAAAUGCAUAUGAAGGGGAGGAGGCAUCGAUUACAAUAUAAGAAAAAGGUUAAUCCUGAAUUAGUUGUUGAAGUUAAACCGUCGUUACGUCAGCGCAAGUUGCAAGAAGAAAAGUUACGUCGACAGCAGCCUGGUUUGCAUCAGCUGCGCGAGGAAAUGUGGCGACGACGUGAGGAGGAACGACUUUUAGAGGAAGAAGAGAGAUGGUAUUGGGAAGAGCGAAGAAGGUAUGAAGAAGAGUGCGAGUAUUUAGACUGGUGCAGAAGGUAUCCUCGUGGACCACCUGGCCCCCCACCUAUGAUGCCUCCUGGUAUGCCAAGACCACCCUUCAUGCCUGGGAUGCCACCAAUGAUGCCAAUUCGCCGACCAGACUCCAGUGAUGAUCGACAUGUAUUGGCCAAGCAUGCUGAAAUUUAUCCUAAAGAAGAAGAGUUAGGUGCUAUUCAGAAGAUAGUUUCUAACACAGAAAAAAGUUUGAAAAUGGUCAGCGAUUACCUUGCUGAAGUUGAUGCUCCAACUAGAGUGAAAAAAGAGGAAGAAUCUAAAGAAGAUGAUAAAAAGGAAGGUGAAAAAAAAGAUGAUGGGCCACCGCGCAUGUUGAAAGGAGUUAUGCGAGUAGGUAUUUUAGCUAAAGGUCUCUUGCUUAGAGGGGAUACUAGUGUCCAGCUUGUUGUAUUAUGUGGUGAUAAACCAACCAGAACUCUGUUGGAUAGAGUGGCUGACAAUCUUCCUAAACAGCUUGCGGUUGUUGCUCCAGAGGAUAAGUAUGAAAUACAGAGAGUUGUCGAAGAAGCUGCAUUAGUUGUUCAAAAUGUUGGUAGUGACCAACGUAUAUCGGUGAAUGUAACGUUAACAUCGCCGAUAAUGAGAGAACAACUGCUGCAUGAAGGAGACUCCCAGGUGACCGCCGCCAAGGAUCCUCCAGAUGUGCUCGACAAGCAGAAAUGUCUGGAUGCUCUAGCCGCCCUCAGACAUGCCAAGUGGUUCCAGGCUAGGGCUAAUGGUCUACAAAGCUGUGUGAUGGUCAUCCGAAUUCUACGUGAUCUCUGCCAGAGAGUACCCACGUGGGCGCCAUUAAAUAAUUGGCAGGCCAUGGAGUUGAUGUGUGAGAAAGUUAUAGCAUCGGCCGGUCAACAUUUAAGUCCUGGGGAUGCCCUCAGAAGAGUAUUUGAAGCAUUAGCAUCGGGACUAUUGCUUCCAGGUUCUCCAGGCCUACUUGAUCCUUGUGAAAAGGAUCCAGUUGAUGCAGCCUCAUCACUUACAGCACAAGAACGAGAAGAUAUUACUGCUUCUGCACAGCAUGCUCUCCGGUUGAUAGCUUUCCGCCAAAUACACAAGGUGCUAGGUAUGGAUCCAAUUCCACCCCCAAAAUUUCAGAGAGGUGGCAGAUUCACCCGAAAGAGACGAAGAGAUAAUUCCUCAGGCGAAGGCAAUGAUUCAGAGGGAGAAUUAGAAGGAGGAGAUGGUAAAAAGGAUAAGAAAGAAGAUGAAGAGUUGAAGAUGGACAUGGACAAAGAGACCAAGUAAUGGUGCUGGAUCAAGCCAAGAUAUAAAUAUUGUAUUAUGAAGGGUUGUGUACCCUUGUUAUCCAUUUUGUUAUAGAAGAAUGUACUUUAUAUAAUAUUUUCUGAAUCUGUUGCAUAGAUACCCUGAAUGUAUAAUUGUUUCUUCUUAUAGAAAAAUGCAACAUAGCUGCUUCCUUUAAUCUGAACCAAUUUGUUGCAUAGGGACGUAACAUGUAUCAAUAAAAACUUUUCAAAGGUCUAAAUUUGAAAACUAAAACUAGACUAUUUUAUGGUGUAACACUUUUGUAUUGGAAUUUUUUUUGUUAAAAAUGUGCUAACAUUAUUAAAGAAAUUUUUAGUUAAAUUUUUUAGAGCUUUCAAUUUGUAGCCAAAGGAAAGGUUCUAAGAUUUUUUUUGUUUUGUUUUUUAUAGAAUUUGAGCACCAGUUGAUGAAAUGAGUCUCAAUGGAAUAGGAUACAUGAAUAAUCCCAAUGAUUGUUUACUGAUGAACUAGUCCUCUGUACUGUAUUUGAUCUUUCAACAUUCUGCCCUCCUUUUUUCUUUUGGAUGCUUGACGAGCAGUGUAUGUUGUGUGAAUGCCCUUUUGUAUUAGUAUUUUUUUAUUUAACAAUUUUCGUAAAAUAAGCUGUUAGAAUCUAUUUAAUGAAAGUGUUGAGUCCGAAACGUGAAAUAUAUUUGGGUGCAGUUUUAAGUAUUAAGAGAAAGGAGACCAUAUAUUUUGAUCCGUGGUAAGAUAUCCUACAGGACGAUUUUAAAGCUAGUCCAUUUGGAAUAUGGUCCAUGCAGGUCAAGAUAAUUUAUGUAGCAUUAUAUGGUAGAUAAGUAAUACUUUCAUUUCUCCCAAUAGUAAAUUUAACGAGGGCUUUUGAGUUUUCCUGGUUAUGUCAAAGUAUAGUGUGCAUGUAGCUCAGUUCCUGUGGACUACUGGAAAAACUAAAGAUUUUCCUGUUGGUUAUUGUGUCACAUAGAUUAUAAUAAAGUAAUAUAGAUUC